GCGACAGACGUAUUACAUAUAGUUAGGUAAAUAAUAACUUGAAAACCAUAUCGUUAUUCUUAUGUAAAUUGUUACACAUUGUCUUAUUAACAUUCGAACAACAUACUUCUUACGUCUUAGUGGGCAGGAUGGAAAAUUAGUCAAAGUUUUGUGUCGUUACAAAUUAUAUAUAUCGGAGGAUUAGCUUGGUGAAACGUAUUGUUGUGACCGUAGUGAACGUGGAUACAUUUCUUCAUAAAUAUUAUUGGAUUAUUGAAAAUGAAUAUAGUUGGAUAUAUAGUGGCAUUAACCAAUCUACAGGCGUUUGGAGGUCAUAAGCCUGAUCUGAAAGGUUUAUCCAUCUCAAUUGGAAACUUCACUUCGCUUGCGCAGGACCUGCAGAACUACCCAGAAUUUAACAAAGAUGGCUUCCAGAAGAAUCGUGUGUACCGUGUCGGGAAUAUGGGAUUGUAUUUGUCGAACAACUUCAGAGAAUAUUACCUCCAUGGAAUAGGGAAUCCUGGUGAUGAGGGAACAGUUAUAACGUUUACAUAUAAGAAUGGGGAAAAUGAUGACGAUGGACCAAAUCUUUCGAACUACACCCUUCUGAUUCGUAAGAAGGACAUGCCAGAAGAUUUCGUGAAGCCUAUACUUCAAGACAAUAUACAACGUAUGAACUAUCGCAAUAGAGUUAAUAUUUAAACUUAACUUUGAAUGCAUAUGAACUGUGCUAUACGAGAUUAUUAAAUAAAAUUAUACUUUUUUUUUAAAUGAG